AUGGGGAGACGUGGCCUUUUCCUGUUGCUACUGACGGUGCUAGGAAACACUCAGGCCGUACGACACGGUCCUAUGCCACCACCGGCACGUGCGCACUGUCGCGUUUUUGUUGUCGCAGCUAUGACACAUACCCGCGUAUUGAUACUGCAAAAUGCAUAUGAACAAGAUGGUGUUAAUGUGUAUGAUCAAUUUCCGGUCUUAUCUUCUAUCUUGAUGGACACUUCAACAUCUUCUCAAGACGAAAAAACAAAAGUAGAUGAGGCACAUCAGAUAUUGCGACCUGCUUUCGAGCUGGCGGUGGAGUGGCUUAAAAAUCGGGUGGAUCCUGCGCUGUGUUUCGCACAUUUUGUCGUAGCAGAAACAGAAUUGGAUUUUGAUGUGAUCUCACAAGACAAGGCUACGUCUACCGCGUCACGUGUUAUCGAACGUCUUGAUCAACUACGAUCACAUGCAAAGAAUGAUCGCUACUUUCCAUUUGCACUCAACGAGCCAUCUUUGAAGUAUUCAGACGAUGAAGGAAUUGUGAUCUCAAGCGGAGAUUUACGCGUCGUGCCGGCUCCUUGGCGUCGAUUUUUUCACGUUGUGGGAGCUAAUUAUUACGCUGGAAAAGUCGCACCAUCUUUAAGUCCUGGACAAGUAGAAGUUUUUGGACUGUUGCAUGUGGAUGCUGGAGGCCAAGCUGGUAAAUCGAACUCUGAGUCAGACUCAAAUGCUGCAGAAAUGGUAUUUGAUGUAAAAGAACGCUGGAGGCGUAGUAGACGACAGCGACAGGUAAAUGUAGCGCUUAAUAUGAGCGAUUUCUAUGGACAAGAGUAUCCAGGUUUUGGACGGCAUGCAGUACAGCAGGCAGUAAUUCAGUUAAAGCGAAAUCAAGAUAGAGAAGACGCACCGAAAGGUCUGCAGCAUCCGUGCUUUUUCAAACACUCUUUCCCAAUUAUUGAGGGUGUUAAUGUGACGUUGGAAGGAACUGGUGACGCUUACAAGUGCUUGGAGCUGCUUCGGUCGCAUGUCAUUUCGAGCACAAAAGAUUGUCCAACGAAAAAGUUUUGUGUUAUGGGUAGUACUCCUCAACCUCGAUGUGUUGGAUCAUUCUACGCAUCGGGAGUGUUAAGAGAAGCAGUGCUUGAGACACAUCGCGUUUUGGAAUACUUGAGUAAUAAAGAGAACGGAGAAGAUGUGGAUUUACUUAUUCUUCCAAAUCCAACUCUUCUUUCGUUGCAAAAUGCUGCUAAUCUAAUUUGUCGGCAGCCGUACGAGGACAUUGUAUUGUCAAAUGAAAAUGAAGUGGAUAGCGCGUUGCAUGCUUCUGUCUUUGAAGGUAACAGUACGAUACUCAACACUCUCUGCUUCGACUUGUGCUACACGAUUGUUCUACUCGAGCAGAUCGACGUUCAGGACGAUGAUGAGCGAAUUUAUUUUGUGGAUCAUUUUGAAAAAGAGCCAAUUCUAUUUCGACAUGGAUCAUCAGCUUUAAAUGAACACGGCAAUCCAUCCGAACUUGUUACCUGGCUCACAGGUGCCUUCUUGUAUUUAGAGGCGCUUCAACGCAAAGUCACAUUUUCUAUAGAAUCGGAAUUGCUAGCAGAGCAGCUUAGUGCUGGUCUUCCUCUCGGCUGGAACAUGAGUUUAGUGGUGUUUGUAGCAGCAUGUAUCUACUUGUAUUUGACGACAGGUCGCUCAAUGUUAAAAACCAGAUCACAUCGAGGUUCUGGCGCCUACAACCGUGUUGUGAAUGGUUCUCCCAAGGCAAAGUAUAAGGAUACGACGCAAUCCAUUUUGUUUGUCGACGAUGCUCGAGAGUGA